GCUGCGGUAGUUGCGCGCUGGGAUCGCGGCGGUGCGGCGGCGACGAGUUCAGCUUUCAUUUAAAUAAAAUGACAACCUCUUGGAGUGACCGGUUACAGAAUGCGGCAGAUAUGCCUGCAAACAUGGAUAAACAUGCCCUGAAAAAGUAUCGCCGAGAGGCCUACCACCGGGUAUUUGUGAACCGAAGUUUAGCCAUGGAAAAAAUUAAGUGUUUUGGUUUUGAUAUGGAUUAUACACUUGCUGUGUACAAGUCUCCGGAGUAUGAAUCACUCGGUUUUGAACUCACUGUGGAGAGAUUGGUAUCUAUUGGCUACCCCCAGGAGCUGCUCAGCUUUGCUUAUGAUUCCACCUUCCCUACCAGGGGACUUGUCUUUGACACACUGUAUGGAAAUCUUCUGAAGGUUGAUGCCUAUGGAAACCUUUUAGUUUGUGCACAUGGAUUUAACUUCAUCAGGGGUUCUCAGGUAGCUGCUCAGAAGAGACCGGAAACUAGAGAGCAGUAUCCAAAUAAAUUUAUCCAGCGAGAUGAUACUGAAAGAUUUUACAUUCUGAACACACUAUUCAACCUGCCAGAGACCUACCUGUUGGCCUGCCUAGUAGAUUUUUUUACUAAUUGUCCCAGAUACACAAGCUGUGAGACAGGAUUUAAAGAUGGGGACCUCUUCAUGUCCUACCGAAGUAUGUUCCAGGAUGUGAGAGAUGCUGUGGACUGGGUGCAUUACAAGGGAUCUCUUAAGGAAAAAACAGUUGAAAAUCUUGAGAAGUAUGUAGUCAAAGAUGGAAAACUGCCUUUGCUUCUGAGUCGGAUGAAGGAAGUCGGAAAAGUGUUUCUUGCUACCAACAGUGAUUAUAAAUAUACAGAUAAAAUUAUGACUUACCUGUUUGAUUUUCCACAUGGCCCUAAGCCUGGGAGCUCCCAUCGGCCAUGGCAGUCCUACUUUGACCUGAUCUUGGUGGAUGCACGGAAACCACUCUUCUUUGGAGAAGGCACAGUGCUGCGUCAGGUGGAUACUAAAACCGGCAAGCUGAAAAUUGGCACCUAUACAGGUCCCUUACAGCAUGGCAUUGUGUACUCAGGAGGUUCCUCUGAUACAAUCUGUGAUCUCCUGGGAGCCAAGGGCAAAGACAUUUUAUAUAUUGGAGACCACAUUUUUGGGGACAUCUUAAAAUCAAAGAAGCGGCAAGGCUGGCGAACUUUCUUGGUGAUUCCUGAGCUUGCACAGGAGCUGCAUGUCUGGACUGACAAGAGUUCACUUUUUGAAGAACUUCAGAGCUUGGAUAUUUUCUUGGCUGAACUCUACAAGCACCUUGACAGCAGCAGCAAUGAACGCCCAGACAUUAGCUCCAUUCAAAGACGCAUCAAGAAAGUGACGCAUGACAUGGACAUGUGCUAUGGGAUGAUGGGCAGCCUGUUUCGCAGCGGCUCCCGGCAGACGCUCUUCGCCAGUCAGGUGAUGCGUUACGCUGACCUCUACGCGGCCUCCUUCAUCAAUCUGCUCUAUUACCCAUUCAGCUACCUCUUCAGAGCAGCCCAUGUCUUGAUGCCACAUGAGUCCACCGUGGAGCACACUCACGUGGAUAUCAAUGAGAUGGAGUCGCCACUUGCCACCCGGAACCGCACGUCCGUGGAUUUCAAAGACACCGACUACAAGCGGCACCAGCUGACACGGUCCAUUAGUGAGAUCAAACCUCCCAACCUCUUUCCACUGGCCCCCCAGGAAAUUACACACUGCCACGAUGAAGAUGAUGAUGAAGAGGAGGAAGAAGAAGAAGAAUAAGGCGGAAGGCCAACCCUGAGCACCCCUGGAGUUGGCUCUGGCGGGACUCAGAGGAGCAGCGGAUGCCCGUCUGGAUUCUAGUUUGGGCCAUGGGGCGCUCCAUCCAAAGUGUACCUGGACAUUUUGGGAGAACUUUAAAAUAUUCUUAUCACUAGGGAGAUACUUAUUUUGGUUCUGUGGUCUGCAUUCUGCAGAUGCUUCCAAAUUAUAAUGGAGUCUGUGCUGGAAGAAAAUCAGGGUAAAGUCAG